AAUGCGAAAGAGAAGAAAAAGAGUUGGCAGCCCUAGCGCAUCUUUUUGAGAAAUUGGAGUGAAAUUCAGAGACAAAUUGUUUUUUAUAUAAACACAAGCUAAAGAUCACUGCAGAACAUGGAUGACAUGAUGCGGGCACUCGACUGGCUAAAGGUCAAAGCGACGCUGCAUCACGCUGCCCUGGCGUCCAAGGAGUGCAAGGGCAGGACGCUGGGCGAGGAUCGGGAGCCUGUUUGGGUGGCGGGCAGUAGGAGCACACCAGAGGCAUCCCCACUGCCGGAGGAGCUGCCAGCUGCCAAGGAGGAACUGCACCUGCCUGUUACAAUCGAUUCGGAGCCCAGCAUUUCCUGCUUUCCCGACGCACAGGCCAUUAAUGCCAGCAUUGUGCGACGGGAGCUGGCCGCCGAGGGCAAAAGGUGCGUGCGCCAGCAGCUAAAAGCGCUUAAGGACAAACAGGACGCCCUUCGUCUCGCGCGGGAUUCCCAGCAGAAGGAAGAGGAGCGCCAGCGCGAUCUGUUGCAGCAGAAGGCGCUGCGGGAACGGAGGGAAAUGCAGCUCAUACAGCAGGCCGACCAGCUCACAGCUGCCCAACUGGAGGCCCAGCAGAGGGAACAGUUGAUCCUGCGCCAGCAGACCGACCAGAAGCUCCACAAACUGGCCCUGGAGGGCGUGUCCCGCUGCCAGAGGCGCUUCAACCAUAAGUACGAGGGCAUCGCCCGGAUACUCCUCUCACUGGACAAGGAAACAGUGCAGGUGUGCUCCACGCAAAACACACAGCUCAAGGAACUCGGCCAGAAAUUCGAACAGCUCGUGAGCAGCGUAAAGAAGGGCAACUGCGAGAUGCAGAGCCAGUUCCUCUGCUCCAUUAUCAAGGCGGAGGAGUACUGCCGCAGCCUGGACGUCCUGGAGCUGGACAUAAUCAAGCAGCUGGCCGAGUUCUCGGAACAAAUACAGCAGCAGCUGCAAAUGGAGGCGGCCAAGAAGCUCGAGGAGGAGCGGCAAAAGCAGCAGGCGGAGGAGGCGGAGCGUCAGCGCCUGGAGAGGGAGGAGUUGGAGGCCAGGGAGAAGCAGCAACAGCAGCUGGCCGAGACGGAGGCAGCCAAAGUUCCCGCACCAACGGAGCCGAAAGCCCAGGAGCAAGUGCCACAAGCCAGCACAGCCAAUUGUGUGCAUCCGGAUAGACUGAAGUUCUACAACGACAUCCUCUCACUGUACCAGGCCAAGGUGGAUGCAGUGAAGCCGCUGCAAACGGACGAGUCGCUCAAGGCUUACCGCACUGGCUGCCAGCGAGCCAUCAACCUGCCCCUCAACGCCAUCUCGGCCGUAAGUCCGCAGCAUUUGGCUCAGAACUUUGACAAGCUGUACAGCUUCUUCGCCGGCCAGCCAAUAAAGGUGAUGAACGGUUCCACAAUCACCAUUAACGAUCAUCCGCUCGCCCGCGACUAUUGCAUGCUGCUGAUGGCCAAGAAGUUUGUCAGCCAAACGGAGACGGCCAUUUCGAGCAAUCCGCAGGCGGCCUUUCCCUUCGCCUCGGUGAUCGUCACCUUCUGGAAGCUGCUGCCCGAUUUCGGCAAGGUCUUUCUGGCAUACAUGUACAAGGAGUCGCCCUUCCUGGUGCCCUACGUGGUGCCCCAGCAGCAGGGACAGACGGCGGAGGCGUACCUAAGGAGCAUCGGUUAUCGGCUGACCGAGAAGAACGAGCUGGAGAAGCCCGAUAUGUUCCUCAAGCGCCAGUCGGGAAUAGCUCGGCUGUAUGCCGCAGUGAUUAUCACCGAAGGACGCAAGGCAGCCGGCAGUGAACCGUGCUUCGAGCUGGAGGAGGGAUGGCUCUGGCUGGCGCACAUGGUCAAUGUGAAGCCACUGCCCGACAUCAGCGCCACUCUGAUCAUGGAGAUCCUGCAGACCCUUGGCUUCGAGCUGUGGCGAACGUACGGCAAGCAGUUCGUGAAGCUGCUGCUGUACAUUCAAAACAUCUACGUGCCACAGCUGGCGGCCUACGACGAAGGCGGUCCCAAGACGCGGCUGGAGAUGCUCCUGGCCAAGUUCCUGCGCGAGCGCCAGAUUCCACAGGCUGUCGGAGUCUUGCCGCCCGGUUUUUGGUAGUCGUAGCCUUUAAUUUAGUUUGUUUUGUUUAGUAAUUUCAAUGUUCGUAACCCUUACCUAGUUAAUAAACUGCAUACAACGAGUCUUUUUCCAGAAA